CUACAACAACAGUCUAUGGCGGGUGGAAUGGGACACCCAGCUUAUAAUAUUCGUUCUGGGUACCCAACACAGCAUUCUCAACACGAUAUGUUUCCAACAUCUCAACAUACUCGAUCUUUUGGGUACCCAUUUCCAAUGAACAGUAUGGCACCAUCAGGAUAUAACGCAGUUCCCCCUUCCCAUCAUUUUCCAAUGUCGCCGUAUCAGCCACCUUCACCGACACGAGAUGGUAACCAAAAUAAUUUUUAUAUCCUAUUUUUAUUCACAGAUAAAUCCCAAGUUGAAGAACAGUUGAGAAUAAAUGGUAAAGGCAAAAAGUUGCGUAAACCUCGCACAAUAUAUUCCUCACUACAACUUCAACAGUUAAAUCGUCGAUUCCAGAGAACCCAGUAUUUAGCCCUUCCAGAAAGGGCCGAGUUGGCUGCUUCACUCGGUCUUACCCAAACUCAGGUUAAAAUCUGGUUUCAGAACAAGAGAUCCAAAUACAAGAAAGUGAUGAAACAGAACCCCAAUGGACCUCCUCCUCCUCUCACACCUCAAGGAUCAGCAUCAUCACCCCCUCAUGGACAACAACCCCCUCCU